UCAGCACGAGACAGAAACGGGUGAAAGGUGUCGCCGCUGUGUUUGUGCGGAACACGUCGGUGAAGUGGCGCUCCGGGAAAGAACCAUGAUGAAUGUCAACAGAUAUGUCCUCUCCAGGUCCCUUCACUUUGGACAGCGGCUCGUCUCGCGCAGUACGAGACGAGCCGCGACGGACGCGGAGCGUCUCCAGCAGCGCAGGUCCAUCAGGACGCAGUCACGGAACCUCGCGUACGCCAAGGACUUGUUCCUCGGUCAAGUGAACAAGGCAGAAGUCUUUCCUUACCCAGAGAUUGGAAAUGAAGAGGUGGAAGAGAUCAACCAGCUUGUCGCGCCCGUGGAAAAGUUCUUCAGCGAGGAAGUUGACUCGGCAAAGAUUGACCGAGAAGCCAAGAUCCCGGAGGAGACGCUGAACGGGCUGAAGGAGCUCGGGCUGUUUGGGAUCAUGGUUCCGGAGGAGUAUGGGGGUCUCGGAUUGUCCAACACCGUGUAUGCGCGACUGGCAGAGAUUACCUCGUUAGACGGCUCUAUUGCUGUAACACUGGCUGCACAUCAGGCCAUCGGACUGAAGGGGAUUCUCAUAGCCGGAAACGAAGCGCAGAAGCAGAAGUAUCUUCCCAAACUGGCUUCUGGAGAACACAUCGCUGCCUUCUGUCUGACUGAGCCCGGGAGCGGAAGUGACGCGGCCUCCAUUACGACCCGAGCGACCCUGUCGGAGGACGGCAAGCACUACCUGAUCAACGGAUCCAAGUUUUGGAUCUCUAACGGAGACAUGGCCGACGUCAUGACCGUGUUCGCCAGGACGGAGGUGGUCGUGGACGGCGUGAAGAAGGAUAAGAUCUCUGCGUUUAUCGUGGAGAGGGCUUUCGGGGGGCGUCACCAGCGUGCAAGCCCGAGGACAAGCUGGGCAUCCGGGGGCUCCAACACUUGCGAAGUGUCCUUUGACAACGUCCCAGUGCCGGUGGAGAACGUGAUCGGGGAAGUAGGUGGCGGGUUCAAGGUCGCCAUGAACAUCCUGAACUCUGGGAGGUUCAGUAUGGGCAGUUCCUCCGCUGGAAUGAUAAAGAAACUAAUCGAAUUGACCUCCGAGUACGCAGCCACCAGAAAGCAGUUCAACAAAAGCCUGGGAGAGUUUGGAAUGAUUCAGGAGAAGUUUGCAUUGAUGUCCAUUAAUGCCUUUGUGAUGGAGAGCAUGGCGUACCUGACAGCGGGGAUGAUGGACAGACCGGGGCUUCCCGACUGCUCUCUGGAGGCCGCCAUGGUGAAGGUGUUCAGCUCGGAGGGAGGCUGGAUUUGUACCAGCGAAGCUCUGCAGAUCCUGGGGGGUCUGGGUUAUACCAAGAACUACCCCUACGAGCGCUACGUCAGGGACUGUCGCAUCCUGCCCAUCUUCGAGGGUACCAAUGAAAUCCUGAGGAUGUACAUCGCUCUCACUGGAAUGCAGUACGCUGGCAAAGUCCUCACAGGCAAAAUAAAGGAGAUGAAGAAGGGAAACAUCGGCUUGGCUUUGGGCAUGGUGGGCAAGAAGCUGAGGGCGUCCUUCGGGAGUUCAGCGGACCUCGGCCUGACGGGGAAGGACGGAGUGGUGCAUCCCAGCCUGGCGCAAAGCGCAAAGAAGUUUGAACAGAACGUUGACCUCUUCGGAUCGACUGUGGAGAGCCUGCUGUACAGAUAUGGGAAGACCUUAGUGGACGAACAGCUCAUCCUGAAGAGAGUAGCAGAUGUGCUGAUCAACCUCUACGCCAUGACAGCUGUGUUGUCCAGAAGCAGCCGCUCCAUCAGCAUCGGGCUCCGGAAUCACGACCACGAGGUGCUGCUCACAAACACAUUCUGCAGCGACGCUUUCUUCAAGAACAAUUACUGGAUGACUCAGUUGCAAAAACACUCUCCCGAGAACAACGACGCCAACAUCAAGAAGAUCGCCAGAGAAGUCCUGGAGAACCGAGCCUACGUCUGCUCUCACCCCCUCGAGAGGACGUUCUGAGCUCUGCUCUGAUUGGACAAGUUCACAGUUCCAGUGAUUCCGUUACUUCUUGCCUUGCACACCCUAUUAAUAAAUAAAGAGAUCUGUUA